UGUGCUGAGCAUGCGCAGCUGCUUCUGAAUUCACGCUGUUGAUUUUGGCGCCUGGUUGGAGCUUGAGUUUCUGCUUGUUAGUUUAAAAAUCGUUUUUUUCUGUUGUUAAAUUCUUGUUAAAGGGGUCAGGGAAAGUGUAUUUAUCCCUGUUGGCUUUGAGAAGAAGUUGUGUAUGCUUUUUAUUUUAUGUUUUUCGUUACUUCUCAAGGAGAUUACGUUAGCAUUGGCUAGCUAACAGCCUGAGGGAGAGCUUAAAACAUGACACCGAGCCGAGAAGGCGUGCCCUCUCUCAUCGACAAGACGAUGAGGAUGAGGAGGGAAGAACAGGAGCGACAGGUGGUCCUCGCUUGGGCAGUCCUGAACGUGUCUCUUGCUGGAAUGAUUUACACAGAAAUGUCAGGAAAGCUGCUCAGUAGAUACUACAACAUUACCUACUGGCCGAUCUGGUACAUUGAGCUGGCCCUAGCUUCCCUCUUCAGCCUUAAUGCAGUCUUUGAUUUUUGGAAAUACUUCAAGUACACCAUGGCCCCUUCAACCAUUGCUAUCUCUCCUGAGCAACAUCGUCUUCUUGGCCUGCGCAACUCUGGAAUUCAUGCCUCUCCUCCCCAGAAGCCAGAGAAGAAGGAGAUUCCAGUGUCGCCCCAGUCCUCUCCUCUGCAGGGACAGAAUGUCCUGAGUUUUAGUCCUGCUCGGCCUCCCAGCACCAGCCCAAAGUUCUCUCCCGGCUGUGUGUCUGGGUACAGCCCACCUCUGAGCAACCCAUCAUCACCAGGUGGUGGAGGACCUUUUUCUCCGUCUGUGGCCUUUGGCAAAGUGUUGAACUACAGUCCAUCCACAAGCUCCUCACCUUACCCUAGUAACCUUGGCCCAGCAGAGGGCACCAGCUUGCGGGCUCGCUACCGUACAUCCCCAUCUGUAUUCAGUUCUCCAGGAGGAAAGGAAGAUUACAUGGAUGACCAUAAGAGUCUGGAGAAGUUUCUUCGCUCUGAGGAGGAGAAGAGCCACCGAAGUCAGCUUGGGAGUCCAGAAUCAGCCUCUCCAUCACACAGUCCAACGUUCUGGAACUACAAUCGUUCUGUGGGAGACUAUUCCCAGAGCCUAAGAAAAUUCCAGUACCAGCCGGCCUGUCGCUCCCAGGCUCCCUCUGCCCACAAAGAUGAAACUGAGCUGGGCUCCAAACAAGCAGCUGAGGAGGUCUGGGCACGCAUCACAACCAGUCGACUUGUUACUGACAGCAUCGACAGCUGGACUGCCAAGCUAAGAAAUUGGAUAAAUGACACUAUUCUGGUGCAUCUGGUAAAAGAGAUUGAUUCCAUCAAUAGCCAGCUGAGGAGGAUGGGCUGCCCUGAGCUCCAGAUCGGAGAGGCUAGCAUCAGCAGUCUGAAACAGGCCGCUGUCGUCAAAGCUUGUGCCAUACCCACCCUCAACGCCAUAGUGCAGUACCUGGACAUCACGCCCAACCAGGAGUAUCUGGUGGAGAGGAUCAAGGAACUGGCCCACAGCGGCUGCAUGAGCUCCUUCCGCUGGAAUGGUGGUGGGAAUCUGAAGAACAGGAAGUGGGACACAGACCUUCCAACUGAUUCUGCUAUCCUUAUGCAUAUUCUGUGCACAUACCUGGACUCCAGACUUCCUCCGCACCCUAAGUACCCAGAUGGGAAAACCUUCACAUCACAGCAUUUUAUUCAGACACCACACAAACCAGAUCUUUCCAACGAGAACCUCUUCUGCAUUCACCAAAGCAGCACCAACCCACCCCACUAUCAGCUUAUCUAUCAGGGCCACAUCUACAGCCUGCCUAAGGGAAGAAAUAACUUGUUCCACACGGUCCUCAUGUUCCUUUUCAUCAUCAAAACCAAGGAGUCGGGGAUGCUGGGGAGAGUCAAUCUGGGCCUUUCUGGAGUGAAUGUUCUUUGGAUAUUUGGGAACUAAUCUCAUCACAAGUUACAGCUGAAGUAACUGGAACACUGACGGGGUCACUUGAAGAGCAAUAUGUUGCACAAGUCUGCACAAGCCUUUUUUUACUAUUAUUAUUUACUUGUAGAAUUUGUAGUGACGUUGCAUGCUUUAAGGGGACAUGCACAGUGCUUUGGUUCUUUAACCAGGAACUUUAUCCCAGCUGUAGCCCAGCGUGAGACACUGAAUAAUUUUAAGUUCUGGGAAGAAUGUGGUUUUAAAUAGCAACACUCUUUACAGAAAACUAGCAGGAGCUUAGAUUACAGAGUGGGUCGACAGAGAAACAGUUCUGUUCUGCCUUUGUAUAUAAUUCUGCAUGUUGCAGAACUUUCUUUCGAAUGUGUGUAAAGUGGUGUAUUUUUUAUAUAUAAAUAUGGGAAUGUGAAUUGUUUACUCAGGCUUUGGCUUUAGCUUGGUGUGCAUUGUAUAUGCUGUGCUGCAUUUUUAAUAUAAAGGUGCUUUAGACGUUUCAUAUGCAUAUGCUAUUGAAGAACCACUUUUGGAUUUAUAAAUAUAGAUCUAGGAGUUUUUACAUUAAGUUCUUUAGAUCUUUUAAGGGAACAUGAAAAGUGGUUCUUCUCUGGCAUUGCUCACAGUGCCAUUAAAACAUUGGUUACCAAUCCUGCUCUUGGAGAUCAACUGUCUGAAGUGACUGUUCACAAAUUAUUUGAAUGUGAACAGAUUGGAUUUGUGUGUCAUUUUUGACACUCUUGUUGAAUCCCUGCACUUCUGUCGCUCUUGAUAUGAUGAGCUUGUUGUGUAUCGUGUUGUAAGUUAAGCAAAAUACACUUUGGAAUCUGAUUUAAGUGUCGAGAGCAUCCAGACUCAGAUGCAUCUGUACAAAUCUGAUUGUAAUCAGGUUUACGAAAGUUAGAUUUCAUGUGAUUUUUAGCAGUCUAGACUAUCAAAAGAAUUUGGAUACAGUCUAGAUAUGCGAAAGAUUGGAUUUGAACUUGCAGUUUGAACAUAGUCCCACACAUAUCCUAUAUAACUAUUCGGGCUCUCCUGAGGCUGUAAUUUAGAGUGAUUGUGUGGAACUGGUUAGUUUAAGGUUGGACCUGAACUCUCCAGGAGAAAAGUUGGUGACCCCUGCAUCAGACAAGCAAUUAUUUUUUUCAGACACUUUCUGUUUUUAAUAUUUUUGCUCAUAUCUUUUACUUAAACCUCAUAUUAAAAAGUGGAACCACUUGACCCCAUUCUGAAUGAUUGCACCAUCUUCAUCAGCUAAAGCUCUUUCCAGAGCAAGCAGUCAGCCCUAAACACUAGCCUGGAGAUUUUGUUCCCAAAGGAGGCAAUUGGUUUGUUUACAAAAGUACCCAAGUAGCUAACCAUAGUUUUCCACAGACAAGGGCUGUUGGAGUGGGUAAUUAUUUUAAUAACACCAAAGCUUCUGUUGUUGUGCAUGUGAUUGUGGUUUGCAGCAGCGAUGUACUGUAUGUUUUACUUUGUGUAAUUUUGCACAUGUGCAGUAGAUAAGACCUGUAGUUACUUUUUAAAGCAGUGCCAAAUAAUACAUUGUGAUGCUAAAAGCUCUAUACCAUUUACCUCUUUAGGUUAAGGGAGUAAACAUCUUCAAAUGUUUGUCACAGUCUCUUUCACAGCUGGAUUGUUACAUGGCAGAGCACUGUUUGCUGCUCUUCACUUUAGCAAAAGGGCUUUUGUAAACACUUAUAGGGCAGUGUACGUCAAUGUUUUUUCCAACAUCACCUGCUAAAAAACUAUUUGUAUCUUCAGCUCUUUAGGAAAAGCACAGCAACAUUUUGAUCUGAAAUGAACUGUAAUAAAUUAAACUUUUCACAUUG